CUCUCGGUCACGCAGCGCUGCUGUCUGUUUCUCUCGUGAAUCGGUCUGUGUAAUGAACACAAACACGCGUCUCUCGCUCUUCUGUGGGAAUAUAGGAGCUCAAUCUCUCCGUCACUGCUGCUGAUUUUCCCGCAGGUUAACGGGCUUCUUCUCCGCUGAUCUGAUCCCUGUGAUGAAACACCGUCCGCCCCUCUUGAGCAGUUCCGUCUGGCGCUGACGCUGCAGUCCUGUCCUGACAGGAAGUCCUUCCUGUCUGUGUUAAAAUGUCUGCGUGUGGUGAGUUUGCAGAGCAUGUGUGGAAACCCGGCUCCUGUAAGAACUGCUUUCACCCUCGCAGUGCGCAUGCGCAGACGGGCACAGCGGGCAGCGCCUGCAUCAGAAACAGUCUGAUCCCUGAAGACGAGGAUGGGGGGACGUCUCCCUCUCCUUACAGUAAACCCACCAUUGCUGUCAGACCCACUAUGAUGAACGUGGACAUCACGACAGACAUCAACAUGGAGCAGGAGAACCAGAAAAGUUCUAUUGGCCUGAAGAAAGCGUUGGAUUUGGCUCCUUUGUUCAUCAAUAGCAAUGGAUGUAACAGGACAGCAGUACAGAAUGUUGUUUCUGGGAGGAAGGAAUAUUCCGACAAGUUCCCCCCAAACAUUUAUUCUCCCACUGGAUUCUCCAAAGACUGCAUGAUUAUCAGCAAUAUAUGUGUGAGUCAAGAAAACGGCUGCGCUCCGAAUAAUUGGAAAGACAAUGGAAACGGCGAUCCCUAUAGACCACUGGCACAAACGGUCAAGAGCACUUACGCAAAUGGAGAUUCAUGUCUUCACCGAAUGACUGAAAGUACCUUGUUGACCGAAAACAAUAGAGUUACGAGUCCUCUAAGGUCAUCUAUAGAGGAAAGGCAAACACCUUUGGGAGUCGCACCAGGAAAUGCGGUUAGUGGAACUUCUAGUACGUCUCCUACAAUGACCCGAGACGCUCAAGAAAACCUGAGGGUCUCAUGCUCGAAUCCGAGCAGCAAGGAUUUGUUUGCGGGACAUCCAAGCCCUCAAAACUCUCCAAAUUCUGCUAGUCCUCCAAACGGACUCGAGAAAAGUGAGCCGAUCUACGCAGAGAGCACCAAGAGGAAACGGCGAACACAAGGAGAUGGGCAGACACAGCAGUCCUCUGAGUCUGAAAUGGAGGUCAACAUCAACGAAAGUCAAAGGGCUACCAUUACUGUCAUGGCAGCUCAUACGGAGGAGAACAACCUGACGUUCUACUUGAGCAGCCCGGACUCUGCCGUAAGCACCCAAUGGACCCACUUCAGCCCCACGGCGCCCAAAGACCCAUCCAGCACAGAGUUCUCUUGGCCAAAUACCCCUGAAACCACUGAAACGACCCCUAAUUCUUCUACCCAACCAAAGCCUCAAUCUAGUCCCCCAGUACCCCCAAAGAGCAACAACCGCUCACCAAGACUCGGUACCUCUAGUCUCUCCUUAAUACCUUUACCUGAGCUUAGCUUCCACUUGGCCCUUCCUCCAAAAGACAGGACCCCUGUACCAACCCAAGAGGACAACAAUGCCCCUAGCCCAUCUCAUGAGCACUCGGAGUGGAGACUCAAGCCGCACAGUGCCAGGAGUCUAGAGGGUCGCAUUGAUGAGGUGGAAGAAGAGGUUGAGCCAGAGGAGGGUACGACCCAGAGAGCCGGCUCUUGCGACAGGCCGGGCGACUCCAUCAAUGGACCUGCUGUUUGGGGGUGUGAGUCCAGAGAAAGGAGUGAGGGCAGUGCAUCGCCAAGCACCAACACCAACAAAAGCACCAGUCAGAUGCAGAAUGGUGUCCCAGCAGAGGACAACAGAGCGAAAGAGAGCAUCCUGACCGCAGUCGUCUCAAGCCCAUCGCUUGUCAACACUGAAAUCAACGCUGAGAAAGCCGCUAGUCGAGACCCGGUGCCACCUCCACCUCCUCCUAAGAAGCAUCAUCGGUUGUGUAAUCGUCUGAGCGGGAGUAAUAUGGAUCUGGAGCGCGUCAGUCAGACGGGAUCUGUGGAGAAUCUCGGCCAAUCGCUGCGAGGACUGAACUGCUGCACUAACACGUCUACAGACAGUCUACAAGCGCUGUCAGAUGCCGACUCCACCCUCCACUCUUGCCCCUCCCCUUUUCCCAGCAGCCCGUUGGCCUCCGCCCCAGUAUCGCCGCAGCCCGAUCCAUUUCCUUGCAGUCUCGUUCAUCAUCAGCAGCAGCCGCCUCCGUUACCCCAGAAGAAGUUGGUGAACCGCACGAGCUCCGCGCCGAGUGAAUCAGGAGUCAAACCACUCGUCCGCACACGCCCACGGCUCCCGUUCGGCGGCUCGGAUACGAACGUGAGCUGCCCUGAUUCCGCGGGCCCUCUGCGCAAUCACCCGUCCAGUCCUGUGGAGCCCCACCCCCUGUACUCCUCCAGCGAAUCCCUGGAACGCUGCCCGCCCCUGCGCUCUCGAACCCUGGACGAGCCCCAGUUCAGAAGUCACGGACGGCUCGGGGGUCA